GUUAGACGAGACUCCCUGUUGGUAUUUAGAGAAACAUACUUAAAAUGGAAAAGUCUCCAAUUUUCCUGCAAAAUUGAAGAGCUUCUAUCUGAGAACAAAAGCUCUCCUGACUACUAGAAGCCCAUUCAAUCCAAAAAUUAUUAUUUUUUCCUUUAUGAAACAUUAGACGGACAGACUUGACGAAUUAAAAUCCGUUCGUCAAAGUGCUUAAUUGAACUAAAUGUUUCCAAUUACGCAUCAAAGGGCUACUCUUCCCAAUUUAAUGUGGUUGACAAAGAAAAUGUAACACUUUACGGUUAUCACAUAUUUCCCUUCUGUUCUGAGGUAAUAUGUGUCUUUUUUUUCCCUCCCUUACUAUUUAGCCGUUUAACUAAAUUCCCAGUCAGCAAUCUGAAAAUAUCUGCGACUGAUGAUGUCAAGAAACAUGGACGUGCGGGCCACAGCAUGGUGGAUUGUUAUUUGGUGAGUGCAUGUUAUUGGGGAGCACCAAUGAACGAGCAGCUGCAGCUCCCACGUGACCGCCCCCUCUCCUCUCCCAUUCAUCAGGGCUGGACUGUGUUGUCUUUUCAAUUCAUUUAUCUGCAGGAAUGAUUGCGACUAUCAGUCUAGAGCUCACCGUCUGACUGAGGAGGUGAAAGUAGCGCCACAGGAAGAUAAACCGCAAAAAGACAAUAUUACAUGUAGUAAAUACAUGGUUUUUGCGUACGCAUCGGAUGAGCGGUGCAGGGGAAUUCCUUCCGUCGUGAACGAAAAAAAAAAAGUAAACAGAAUUCGUUGGAUUCGAGUUCAGAAGAGAUAAGCUGCAGAGAGAGAGGAGGAGGAAGAAUAUCUGCGCGUGUUUUCUUUGAGUUCUGCGCUCAGUCGUCUCGAAGAGUCAAGACUGAAGAUGCUCUUGGACGCAGGACCGCAGUAUCCCACCAUAGGAGUCACUACUUUCGGCUCCUCUCGGCAUCACUCAACAGGAGAGGUGGCGGAGCGGGAAGUGGCGCUGGGGAUCAACCCUUUCGCGGACGGCAUGGGCGCCUUCAAGAUCAACCACAGCUCCCACGACAUCAGCUCCGGGCAGACAGCGUUCUCAUCCCAGGCUCCCGGCUAUGCAGCGGCGGCCGCCCUGGGACACCACCAUCACCCGACCCACGUUGGUUCCUACUCCACGGCGGCGUUCAACUCCACCAGGGACUUUCUCUUCAGAAAUCGGGGUUUCGGGGACGCGGCUGGGGCGCAGCACAGCCUGUUUGCCUCCGGCAGCUUCGGGGGGCCGCACGGACAUUCGGACGCGGCGGGGCACCUGCUCUUCCCAGGGCUCCACGAGCAGGCGGCGAGCCACGCGUCCUCCAACGUGGUGAACAGCCAGAUGCGACUGGGCUUCUCGGGGGACGUGUACGGCCGGGCUGAUCAGUAUGGGCAUGUCACGAGCCCGCGUUCCGAUCACUACGCAUCCACACAGCUACACGGCUACGGCCCCAUGAACAUGAAUAUGGCUGCGCACCACGGAGCGGGGGCCUUUUUCCGCUACAUGAGGCAGCCCAUCAAGCAGGAGCUCAUCUGCAAGUGGAUCGAGCCGGAGCAGUUGACAAACCCCAAAAAGUCGUGUAACAAAACUUUCAGCACCAUGCACGAGCUGGUGACCCACCUGACAGUGGAGCACGUGGGGGGGCCUGAACAGACGAACCAUAUCUGCUUUUGGGAGGACUGCUCCAGAGAAGGGAAGCCCUUUAAAGCCAAAUACAAACUUGUAAAUCACAUCAGAGUGCACACCGGAGAAAAGCCCUUUCCGUGUCCGUUUCCCGGCUGCGGCAAAGUGUUUGCCCGAUCGGAAAAUCUAAAAAUUCACAAAAGGACUCAUACCGGUGAGAAGCCUUUUAAGUGCGAGUUCGACGGCUGCGACAGGAGGUUCGCAAACAGCAGUGACCGCAAGAAACACAUGCACGUCCACACGUCGGACAAGCCGUAUCUGUGCAAAAUGUGCGACAAGUCGUACACGCAUCCCAGCUCCCUCCGAAAACACAUGAAGGUCCACGAAUCCACCAACCCUGCAUCGCAGCCUUCCCCAGCUGCCAGUUCAGGGUACGAGUCCUCCACGCCUCCCACCAUCGUGUCACCGUCCACAGAGAACCAGAGCAGCAGCUCCAUAUCACCAGCAGCUUCAGCAGUCCACCACACAACCAGCCACAGCACGCUGUCGUCAAAUUUCAAUGAAUGGUACGUGUAAAUAUUUUUGAAAAACGCACAAAAGACAAUGGGAAAUUUAUGAAGACAUGAGGAAAAAAAAAAGGAAAAACGAAACAAAUAAACUUUUUCGACCUAAGUCAGAAAGAUGGACUGAGAAAAAAAGCAGGGGAGGUGAAGUUAAAGACUGUCAUCAUGCAUGGACAGAAACACGGUCAGCUCCUCCUUUUACUGAGAGACUGUACAGAAGCAGAUCUCAAAAGAAAAAGCAUGCUAUCUCCGAGUAGAGGCCUGAUUAUUAUAAUUUUUUUUUCAUUUUUCUUUUUGCUCUUUUGUAAAUAUGGAUUUCACCAAACAGGAACCCACAGCAAGAAAGAAAAAAAAAGGAAAUGUAAUAUUUUAUUUUGUAAAUAUCACAGUUUUAAGGGAGGCGGGGACGGGGGGGGGGGGGGGGGGGGAUUUGUGAAAAAUGUAAUGGUCCCUUAAAUAUAUGAGGGUGGCCUCUAAGGUUACUGUGGGGGACAAGAAUGUUUAGUUGUGUACCAAAAUGUGAAUUAUUCAGUAUUACUACAGUCUACACGUCGACCUAACCGACUCUUAGUAUUAAUGUGCUUUUUGUAGCCUAUCCAGUGCAGCAUAUUUUUAUUUUUUUAUUUUUUUCUUAAUUUUCGUCCAAUUAAGGUCCAGUUUGAAUAGCACAGAGUAUCAUUGUUGUUAUUUAAUGUCAUGUCGAUGAAUCGUGUAAUGAAAAGAAGAAAAAAAUCCGUGUCAAUCUGUUUAUGUACGUGCUAAAUAUAUAUAUAAAAAUCUGUCAAUUGCUCUGUCUGAGAGGAAGUAUUAUUCCAUGUAAAGUAUGGAUUUUUCCAUAUUUAUCCGCAUGUAAAAGGGCCGGUAACAUGUUAGAAUAUGAUCGGUAUUUAUGGAGAAAUGCGCUCGUACAGUAUGUCAAAUUUUAGUUUACAAUAAUAAUAUUAAUAAUAAUAAUGAAAAAAAAAUGUUUGGAUACAUUUCGUACUAUAUUAAAGGACUGUAAAAAAUACAGAACAUGCAUUUCAUUGGAGGUUAUUGGGGGUUGAUUUUUAAAUUAUACUGAUAAAAAGCACCAAAUCAGAUCUUUUCCUAUAUAAAGUAAUUUAUUUACGUGAAUAAUUCUAAAGCAAAUAAGUUAAAGUCUUCAUUAUAAUGACGUGUGUGUGUGCGUAUGUGUGUGUGUUUGCGCGCGGCGUGUUUGUGUGUGUGUGAGAGAGAGAGAGAGAGACCGAGGGAGACACAGAGAGAGAGAGUAAUGGAGAGAUGACGAGGGUGUGUGUGAGGUGUGGCGUGUGUGUGUGUGUUAGAACUUUCCUGACACUCGAUAAUAACUACUAAAUUCGCUUCCCCCCUCUUUCUCUCUUUCUGCUGCUUCUGGAUCUUCUGUUUAUCCAAAAUUAACAUCCACCGCUCUGCCCUCCAGUAAUGCGCAAAUUAAAUCGAUUAAUCACGGCUGUUGUUCCUCGGUGGAUAAAACCGGAGUAAGCUAUUUUGCGUUACUUAAUUGUUCGGGAAUCUAAUUUUCAAAUCUAAUUUAUUUCCUUUUUCCUUUUUCUUCUUGCGCUUUUUUCCCGGAUUUCCUAUCCUAGAUUAAGAUAAAAAGAGAGAGAGAGAGAGAGAGAGAGAGAGAAGGAGAUAGAGACAGAGAGAGAGAAAGAGAAACAGAGAGGGAAAGAGGGAGAGCCUGAGAGUCAACGUGGGACCCCUCCUCCCCUUCUCCACUCAUCCCUCCUUUUUCCACACACACUUCAUUGUUCCUGGCUGCAGCUUGCUUGACCGCCCCAUUAGGCAGAGAUCACAUCAGCAGCCGCCACUGAUCAUGGUUAACACUGCCAGGGCGCACGGAUCCGCCGCGAUCUGUCAGUCUGCAGACACAUGCAGCCGAAAUAAAAAUGUAAACCCUUAAGAAAAAGAGAGAGAAGAGAAAAGAAAAACUCAAAACGCCGCAACAUAUAGCAGCAAAGCAAGCUUCAUAUGAGAUGAUUAUGCUGGAAAUGUAUUGAAAUGUAUUCAUAUUUUCUUUUCACGGACUAUUACACGUGGAGAUAAAUGAAGGAUGGCAAUAAAAUGACUUUUUUUCGACUCUAUUUAACACUAUCUAUCUAUCUGGACUCAGUGCAGAUGCACCAAUGAGCCACCGCGACAGGGGGACAAUUCGCACUUCCCAGGCCGAGGAAAUCACUUAGCAGCUGUAUAGAUUAAAACAAAACAAAAAAUAAAAAAAAUGUAAGUGGACGCGUGCAUUUCGUUUAAAACUAUGACCGACUUUCAGAUAAAACGGCUUUGUUUGUCAUUGAAAUCCAGCUCCGUUGCCAUCAUUUACAAAAGGGAAGCACUGGAGCGUGAAAGACUUCCCAAGAUGUUAGGAGUUCUGUGUGAAUUCCUGAUCACCCACUGCUGCACAUAGCUGCAAAUUUGAGUUGAUUGUUCUUCUUUAAUUGUGUGCAGAACUUUACAGUCAACAACAACAGGCAUGCAAGGGAGAUGCUAGACGCAAUUGGGGCAUAAUGUCGGAAAAUAAAUAAUUCCAAAUAGCAUUUUUUUUUCCCUUAAAUACUAAUAUGUACUCCAACAGUUUGUUAUCAAUUUGGAAUUAAAAAUAGGCAGAAAAGAACAACUUCUAAGGCAGGAGAAACGCUUUUUUCCCCCUCCUGACUAAAAUACAUGGUCUAAAUAAUAAGCUUCAAAUCUUCUUCAGCAUGAGACGAUCUUUUUUUUCUAGAACCACAUUAGAGUUGAAGCAUUUUUGUUACAUUCUAAACUGUGCGUUGCUGUCAACGACCAUCCAGUAAGUUCUGUGUUGAAUAACUAAAUAACAGUGGUACCACUACAAAACGGUUUUACCAUAAAAUGAAGCAACAAUAAUUUGCAGACUUACCUUUGAACAGAACACAAUUUAAAACAAUUAAUGUAAGUUAUGGUGCAGGUUUGUUGUACACCUUCCUGAAUUUAAUACAUUAAGAAUGUGUCUCUUUUUUUUUUGUAAAAAAUAAUAAUUAAAGAAAAAAAAAAUGUUGAUCAGUGAAGAGUAUUAUACUAUAGUUAAGAAUAGUAUCCCGUCUUGGUUCAGGGUGCAGUCCUCCUGUUUUUCCUGGUUGGUCAGUGUUUUUCCAGUGAACCAGAUUGUGUUCAGGAGGCGUUUCAAAUCUGUAAGACAACAUCAGCGGGUUUAUUGCGAAAACCAUUCAUUAUUGCCAUUGUUCCAACAGUAAAUUAAAAACUAUAAUUGUCUUGAUAAAUCAACAGAAAUGUUUUACAGUGUAUCUUGCUGCUCCCGUGUUCAGACAUGGACAAGCAACAUUUCUACGAUUUUUCGAAACUUUUACAGUUCAUUUUUAUUAUUAUUGCAUGUAGCCUCACGAAUUACUCUCACCUGCACAAACAGCACUGAGCACAAUUUAGUUUGUUUAUUAUUAUUAUUAUUAUUAUUAUUAUUAUUAUUAUUAUUAUUAUUAUUUUAUUUUAUUUUAUUUUAUUUUUUCCGAAUCAUUUGGUCAUUAGCUAUCGUGGAUGUUUAGGCAAUUUCUUUUACUCAAUGUUCACACAUUUUUCUUGGAUAUCGGAUCGGGGAAUUUUAUUAAGUGCACGAACCCCAAUAAAAAAUCGCUUGGCAACGCCUAUGGUCUUGCCUGCCAGGUCGACUUACAGGGAAAAUCCGGUCUUUGAACACGCUAUUUAAUUUCAAACAGUUUUUACACCGUGAGCCUGUACACUCCAAGCAAUCACAUACAUAAAA